AUGCGAGGUCGACAGAAGUUAUUCACAUUCAUUGCCAAUGACCCGGUGGGUCUUCCCCAGAACCGCAAAGGAACUCACCGAGCAUGUGGCCAAUGCCGUAAGCGCAAGCGGCGCUGCACUCAUGGACCGAAGGUGACUCGGCAUCCCGAGAUUCAGCCUCGAGAUACCCGAACAAGCGACACGGUAUCUCCGCCACGUGUGCAUGAAGAAACACCCGCCACGAGCCCGGGACAUGCCACUGGGGCCGUGCAACUAGGUGCGCAGCCACGUGCCCCUGGUCCCCGUAUAGAUGGGGAAUCUUGGUUCGUGGGUGAAAUGGACCCAGCAAGUGCAUUCUGGACAGCAGCGGAAUCUUCAAUACCAAGCCCACUCAGGCGCCAUGAUGUUGGUAUUUGGCUACCACCAGGGAAGACAUGUUCCGAGCUUGCAGCCAAAAAGCCCACAUCAGGUGUACCUUGUCUUAAUCCUUUGAUAUCCACUGCCUUUAUGCCUUGUCUGCAAGAAAAAUGCUCUAUCCUUCCAGCGUUUGGUGAUAUUGAAGGGCUUCUUCGGAUAUACCUCGAGAACAUCCAUCCCAUCUUUCCGAUUCUGGAUUAUGAUGCCUAUCGAACAAUGUCCGAUACAUCUCCAGACAAGAUACUCCUGUCGCAGGGAAUAUGCCUUGCUGCUAGUUUAGAUCGAAAAGCAACACAAUAUCUCAAUAUACCCAGAGCCAAUACACCGAGAUGCGAUUUCUCUCGAAGUCUCUCCGAUGCAAUCAACACAUCAAUAGCAGUGGGCCUAGUGAGAGACAAGGUUGUCUUGAUCCAAGCCUUAUCAUUGACUUCAUUAUUCACACAGUUCUCGGGAGACCGACAAGAGUCAGCAGAGCUCUUGUAUCGGGCUAUUUGUCAUGCGCAUACGGUUGGCUUGCAUCAUCCGUCUGAUCCGGUAACGCCACACGAGCACAUAUAUACUCGAAUGUUCUGCUGUCUCUAUGCUCUCGAUAUGCUGAACGCUGCGUGUCUUGGGAGGCCCGUUCAAUUGCAUCGACGGGACUUUGGACGUGACCUCAUGUCAUCUAUAGCCUCGCAAGAAGCUUGCUUCCAGCUUUUUCUUCGAACCAUCGUCUUGAUGGAACGAGUGAUCCAAAUUUACCGACCUGCCGAAAUCGGGAUCUGGAAUGGUCCAUUUCCAUCAUUUGAGGAUUUAUUGCAAGAAGUUGGAAUAUCUGAUACUCCUGUGCAUUUAAUUGGUAAUGAGGUCCAAAUUGAAUAA